CAAUUCUUGAAUACUACAGCACUAUAACUACAGCAUAGCAUAGAUAGCGCUAUGAAUGCAAAGCCAUUGCAAAGCCAAGCAAUGAAUGUUUGAAAUGAGAGCCAAAAGUGAAAAACAACGCAAACUCACAGACACUGCAAACACUGACAUCAAUUGAAUCGGUGUUUUGGUGAUCACUUGCCGAAGACAUGAAUAUCGACCUCUUGGAGCACUUCGGGCAGAACUAUCCCGAAGAGUUUGACGGCGCCCUCGACUGCAUAUCACUGGCCCUGACGUGCAGUUUCAACCGUCGCGGCACAUGUCUGGCCGUCGGAUGCAAUGACGGAAGGAUUGUCAUCUGGGACUUCCUCACCAGAGGAAUGGCCAAAAUUGUCUCAGCCCAUGUGCACCCGGUCUGCUCACUCAGUUGGUCCAGAGAUGGCCACAAACUGGUGAGCGCUUCCACUGACAACACGGUCUGCGUGUGGGAUGUGUUGACGAGUGAGUGUGUCAUUCGGUGGCGAUUCUUCUCACCCAUACUUCGCGUCCAAUUCAACCCGAGAAACGAUAAAAUGAUAUUAAUUUGUCCGCUAAAACACGCGGCGAUUGUCGUCUUCAUGCCUCACAAAGAAGUGUCCACGAAGACUCACGUAAUGGUUCCGCUGGACGACGACACGGACCUCAACAUCGUUGCCUCGUUUGACAGAAGGGGUCAAUACAUAUACACCGGGAAUGCAAAGGGAAAGAUACUUGUGGUGAAGGUCGGCACCACCAUCACGUCCCUCACUGUCAUCGCCUCCUUCCGAGUGUCCAAUACUGCCGUCAAACAGAUAGAGUUCGCGCCGCGAAAGAAAGACAUCUUUCUGGUGAGUACUGCCGAUCGGGUGAUCCGAGUCUAUGAGACCGAAGAGGUGUUGAUGUGCGGCAAAAACGGUGAACCGGAACCGAUUCAGAAGCUCCAGGAUUUGGUCAAUAAGACGAUGUGGAAGAAGUGCUGCUUUUCGGGCGGUCCGGACGCCGACUACAUAUGCGCCGGUUCUGCGCGACAACACGCCCUCUAUGUCUGGGAGCGUAAUGUCGGAAAUCUAGUGAAGAUUUUACACGGAACUAAAGGGGAACUCCUACUCGAUGUCGUGUGGCAUCCGCUUCGUCCGAUAAUUGCCAGCAUAUCGAGUGGUGUGGUGUCCAUCUGGGCUCAGCCUCAGGUGGAGAACUGGUCCGCAUUUGCACCCGAUUUCAAAGAGUUGGAUGAAAACAUUGAGUACGAGGAACGGGAGUCAGAGUUUGACAUCGAGGACGAGGACAGAACGCCCGCUAGAGUUUCGCACGACAACGAAGACGAAGAUGUGGUCAUAGAUGUGGUCACUCCUCACACCAUACAUGCAUUCCUCAGCAGCGACGAAGAAGACGAAGACCAGAGCGCUCUCAUAUACCUCCCAAUAGCGCCCGAUAUAGACGACCCCGAAAUGGAGGGCCCGACAGCUGUAACCCCCACUCCUCGCACGGAAACACCGACAAAGUCGCGAAGAUCUAAGACUAUAGACAUUGAUCUGAAGGAAGCGCCGAAAGACGAGGCUCAUCCACUGCUGUCUGGUUCUGGUAAACAACAGAACCGAUCAGUUGGCGGUUCGGCCGAUAAGUCACUGCUCGCCAAAUCCAAAGUCCAGCGCCCGAGCGGUAAGCGAUCGGCCAAUGGAUCCACAGAUUUGAUUCCCAGUAAAAGAAACACAGACAGAGCUUUCCUGACAGCCGUCGACUCGACAGACUGUUUGUGUCUCUCACUCAGUGUUGUGCCUCAUAUGGUUCAUACAAUCCAUUCAGUCAUGUCUUCCAGGGGUCAGGUGGUCGCUGGAACCGAUGGAAGUGAUUUCGGUCACCGGCAAAAGGUAGCCAAACACUACGAGACUAGUGUCGAGAAUAAAUAUCGCCUAAAGUGGUGCAUAUUCCUCCACUUCCUGUUAACCCUACUAAUGCUGGUCAAGCUGUCCGACGACAUACUCGACAGACUCGACAUCUUCAUCCUAAGUCUCCAAGAGCUGUAUAUACCUAAACCGCGACUCUGGGAGUGGAUGUGGUCGUCGAGUAUUGUCUUAUCGCUGUUCGCCAUGUCUUCGUUCAAGAACAACAACAUGUCUCGCAUCAGAUUCUACGCCAUCGCCACCUUCUUGUGGUCUUUGUGUCCCAUUCUGUACGCAUUGGUCUACUAUUUCAGUGAUAUCUACGCUUACGUCGCGUCCGCAAGAGAUAUCUCUUCGGUAAAGGAGCGAUGGAUGGGUCUCUCGGUGGCAAUCAUAUGGUAUGCCUUCGGUGUAGUGGCCCUUCAGGUACAUAUCGGCCAAUUAUUCUUCGCAAUCAAACUGUGGUUCGCGUGGAAUAUCAAAAAAGUGACCAAAAAAGCCAAUUAAUUGUGUUUUAGGUUUAAAUUAAAUUUUUAAAGACUUUUUCGUGAAAUUCAUUUACUGUUUGAAAAUUGUUUGAACUUUUUUGGGAAUGUUUUUCAGAGUUAUUUAAUUAAGGCUCA